CUUAUAAAUUUAAUGAACUACUCAUUCUUUAACACCUCUCUCUCUCUCUCUCUCUCUCUCUCUCUCUCUCUCUCUCUGUUUUAGCCUUAUCCACUCGUUUUACUGGUCUCACCAAAAAACCUCAGCAGGUCUCUCUCUAUGUUACACAUCGAGCCGUCCAAAACCGGAGCUCAGCCUGCACGAGUUUAGAGAGAGAAGGACACAGGGAGAGAGAGAAUGGACUCAAAAGAACCUCGAGAGCAAGAAUCAGCCCCCAGAACCAUCACUUGCCUCAUAGCAUCAGCAAUCAACCACUUCCCUCUCCUCCCUCAAACCUCCAAAACCAGCUGCCAUGAAUCCACUCUGCAAAAGCUCAAAAAGCUCCAAGAAUCAGCGGCGGUGGCGGCCGAUCAGUGGCUAAAUGCCUUAGCGUCUCAAAACCCGUUGAUUCAGAGAUUCGCGGCCAUUUCAGCUGAUCUCCAAAGCUUCUCUAAGAUUCAUUUGCAAAGCCCCAAGAAACUCGACUCCAUAUCCAACAACAACUUUGCUGCAAUAUUACCUGGUGACUCGGUGGCUGGAAUCGUUGUGGCAAAUGGGAUUUCAAAUUUCUUGAACAUCUACAGUACCGUAUUGGUUGUUCGACUCGUUCUAACAUGGUUCCCCAAUUCCCCUCCAGCCAUUGUAAAUCCUUUGAGUACUUUAUGUGAUCCAUAUCUCAACAUAUUUAGAGGUCUAAUUCCACCUCUUGGGGGUUUGGAUCUCUCACCAAUAUUGGCAUUCAUGGUCCUCAAUAUCUUCACUAGCACAGCUGCUGCACUUCCUGCUGAACUCCCCAUGGACAUGGCAAAUCCAAAGGCUACAACUGCAUCAUCUGUUCAAUAUUGGAAUCUCAAUUCAAGAGGAAAGCUUUGGUUGAAAAGGUUUUCUAAUAAAGGAUUUAACAAAGGUGAUAAAGCCUGAGGUUUUUGGUGUCAAGAAAUGAGGAACUUCUUUUUUUGGGUAAGAAAUGAGGAACUUAUUGGUAGACAUCAUAAAUAACCAAAUGGAUAUGCAGAUUAGAGAAGAAGGUUUGGGUGUGUUUCUUCUCUCUCUCUCACAUGACAAAACACACAUCGUUCUCAACCUUCGAUAUGCUUUUUAGGAAAUCUAGAUAAUGGAACUAGCUCUUUGGUCUUGACUCUUGAGUAUAAUGAUGUCUUGAGUUUUCAGUAGCAUGUUCUUGUUUGAAGUAUUCUUAUGAGUUUGAGA